CGCACAGAUGUAUGUAAAAGAAUGUGUGUGGUUACCCUACAGCUGAAGAAAAAAAAUCAUUUAACGCCGCUUGUGUGUGCGAUACACUGCGUUUCGAACCAACCAAAAAGCCAAUGAAUGUCACACGUCAAUCGUUGAGAUGAUCAGAAAGUCGAAGAAAAAAGAAAAAAUAUGUAAUACUACUAAAUCUGUUUUUUUUUAUUAUUGAAGUAUAAAUUCAAACAUUGCAUUUCGUGUGCGUGUGAUUUAGUUCGGUUUUAAAGAAAUCGUUUUACUUUUUUAUAUUUUGUGUAUCGAUUUGUGUUUUUUUUUCUUCGAACUUAUGGAUUGGUUCACAAAUAAAUAACAAAUUGAUGAAAACAAUACAUGAACUUCGUUUCUUUGUGUGUUGAAGAAAUUGUCAGUUCAUUUCAAGUUUCUAUCCAUCGUUUGGUUUGUCGUGUUUGAUUAUUUUUCACCGUGAAUUUGUUUGUAAUUACGGUUGUUUUUUUUUCCUUUUCACAACUAACGUUGGCAAUCACAGCAACAUUUGGAAAUAAAGCAAAAAAUUCCGCGAAGAAGUCGAGAUAAAAAUAUUCUUUUGGAAAGAGGGACUUUUUUCGUCAAAAUUGCAAGCUGAUGCUUUCCAAAAACAAUUGAUUGACGCAAAUUGUUCCUUUGAAGAAUUGCCUAAAACAAUAAAAGAAUCAGUGCAGUGAUAAAAACUAUAUCGAAAAACUAGAAGCAGUAAGGCAUUUCGAAGCACCGACUCAAUCAAAAUGUCUUUGGAUGGUGGUGACGGUGAUGAAACAAUCUACGGCUUUUUGCCAGGUUCAAUUGAACCUUAUAGUGAAGAGGGCACGAGCCAACUUCGAAUCAAGAUUAUAUCUGGACAAUCACUAGCAAAGAAAGAUAUAUUCGGUGCAAGUGAUCCUUACGUACGAAUAGAUUUGAAUACUAUUAAUGGCGAUAUAAACAUCGACUCAGUUUUAACAAAGACCAAGAAAAAGACGCUGAAUCCUGUUUGGAAUGAGGAGUUCGUCUUCAAAGUGAAAGCAAACGAACACAAGCUUGUGUUACAGGUAUUUGAUGAGAAUCGAUUAACGCGUGAUGAUUUCCUCGGAAUGGUUGAAAUACCAUUGGCGAAUUUGCCCAAAGAACAAGAAAAUCGUGCAAUUGCACCAAAAAGCUAUCCUCUGCGACCAAGAAGGUCAGUUGGCGCUCGGUCCAGAGUAAGGGGAACGCUUGAAGUAUAUCAUGCAUUUAUUCGUGAUUUGGAUGCUUCGGAUACCUCAUCAUCAACUAACAACGAACCAGAUUGGGAAUUAGUAAAUGAAGGAGAAACGGAGCCCGAUGUUGAGACAGUUGCUCAUACCCAGGAUGCUUAUGGGACAUCGUCCGCCGCUGAUCCGCUACCAACCGGCUGGGAAGAACGUCAAGAUGCAAACGGUAGGACAUAUUAUGUGAACCACAUUGCCCGAACAACGCAAUGGGAACGGCCUUCAAGGCACACAACCACAGUGUCUGGUAGUGAUAUUGAUGCUGCUGCUAUGGAAUUUGAACGACGUUUCCACAUUAGUGUUGAUGCGUCAGAAGAUCGUGAGCACCAGCAUGAGGAUACAGACACGGCAGACAGUGGCUCAUCGAAUACAGCGGCUCGUCCAAAUACCGCAACAGGUCAAUCAAGGCAGAGCUCAAGUGAUGAAACAUCGACAAGCGAUAGCUCACACACCACAAACAAUUUAGAGGCAGGGCUUCCCAGUGGCUGGACAAUGCAAAUCGCGCCAAAUGGUCGCAUGUUCUUUAUUGAUCACAACGAAAAGAAAACCUCUUGGAUUGAUCCACGCACUGGUCGUGCAAGUCCAAUGCCAAGUCAAACACGACCUCCCGAAGAUGACUUGGGUCCAUUGCCCGAAGGCUGGGAAGAACGUGUUCAUGUAGAUGGUCGAAUCUUCUUUAUUGAUCACAAUACAAGAACAACGCAAUGGGAAGAUCCAAGAUUAUCGAAUCCAAAUAUAGCCGGCCAAGCAGUACCUUAUUCUAGAGAUUAUAAACAAAAAUAUGAGUAUUUUAAGAGUCAGCUAAGGAAACCAACGAAUGUGCCUAAUAAAUUCGAAGUGAAAGUGCGUCGAGCGUCAAUUUUCGAAGAUUCCUAUCGAAUUAUAAAUACCGUGAACAAAACCGAUAUUUUGAAAACAAAAUUGUGGAUUGAAUUCGAAGGAGAAGCUGGACUCGACUACGGUGGCUUGGCCCGUGAAUGGUUUUUUCUUUUGUCAAAGGAAAUGUUCAAUCCAUAUUACGGACUGUUUGAGUAUUCAGCUAUGGACAAUUAUACGCUUCAAAUCAAUCCAUUCAGCGGACUGUGCAACGAGGAGCAUUUAAAUUAUUUCAAGUUCAUUGGAAAAAUUGCUGGAAUGGCUGUUUAUCAUGGAAAAUUAUUAGAUGCGUUUUUCAUUAGACCUUUUUAUAAAAUGAUGUUACAAAAACCGAUAGAUUUAAGAGACAUGGAAUCCGUUGAUAUGGAAUAUUACAAUUCGUUGCUGUGGAUCAAAGAAAACGAUCCAAGUGAAUUGAUGCUCACAUUCUGUGUGGAUGAGGAGACUUUCGGCCACACCAGCCAACGUGAACUCAAGCCUAACGGUGGUAACAUUGAAGUCACAAAUGACAAUAAAGACGAAUACAUAAGAUUGGUCAUUGAAUGGCGCUUUGUAUCCCGUGUUUUAUCGCAAAUGAGCAGCUUUUUAGACGGUUUUGGUUCAAUAUGCCCGUUGGCUUUACUGAAGAUUUUCGACGAAAACGAAUUGGAAUUGUUAAUGUGUGGUAUUCAAAAUAUUGAUGUUAAAGACUGGAAGAAAAACACAUUAUAUAAAGGUGACUACUACGCAAAUCAUAUUGUAAUACAAUGGUUUUGGCGUGCUGUAUUAUCAUUUUCGAAUGAGAUGCGUGCCCGUUUGUUACAAUUCACGUGUGGAACAUCACGUGUGCCGAUGAACGGUUUCAGAGAAUUAUAUGGUAGCAAUGGACCUCAAAUGUUUACCAUUGAAAAGUGGGGCACACCGGAAUCUUAUCCGCGAGCACAUACAUGCUUCAACCGUUUAGAUUUGCCGCCAUAUGAGAAUUACUCACAAUUAAAAGAUAAGCUAGUGCAAGCGAUUGAAGGCAGUCAAGGAUUUGCGGGCGUUGAUUGAAUUAUUCAUGGAAAUUAUGCGGAAAUAUUGAUCGGCUUAACUUUAUCAACAGAAAUAUUGUUCAUGAAAAUCGAUUUAAAAUCGAUGCAAAACACAACACAUCCUGUCAUUUCCUUAAAUCUUUUCUCUUGCCCCCGCAAUAUUAAAUCGUAGUAGAAUAGGCAAGGAAAUGAGAACCAACAUCACAGUCGGUUUGCGCAAUAUUUAAAUGUUAAAAAAAAUCAGCGAGUAGUUCUUUUUUUUUCAAUUGUCUUUGAAUUCAGAAAUAAUCGUAAAUAUUUUUUUGACAGUAAAUGGGAUAUGGAAAUUCAUCUAUUUUGCGCUUAUUUUUAUUCAUAUGAAAAGUGAAGGAAAAAAAAAUUAGGAAAAAACGCAAACGUUUAAAAUUUGAUAGCUGUUACACUUAUUAAUGGAUCGACAUAAAAUGAAUGCCUUCUUUUAUCACAUUCCCGUUGAAGAAAAAAGAAGAACAUGAUGAUGAACGUAAUAUUUAUUUUAUAUAUAUGUAAAUGAUAAUAUGAAUGGAAUUUUUUAAAAGUUGAUAUGUGGCAAAUGCAGUUUUUGACAUGCAGUAAAUAAACUACACAACCGAAUCGAAGCAGAUGGAAUAGCUCUGAACGAAAUGCAAAUAAAUCAAUAGCAAAAUAUUUUAAGCUCAGGAAUUUUAAGUUUAUAACACGCUUUAUCAAAUUGAGUUCUCUCCGUAAUUGUAUUGAGAAAAUGAAAUAAGAUCAUUAGAGCACAUGAUGCAAACAAUUGACAACAUCUUGUUGUGUGAGUUAUAUUUCCGCCCAAAACGAAAUAUUUCUAACGAUCUACAUCUACAUCAAUUGUUUUUUUUUUUAAGAUAAUAAAAAGUUUUCUUGUCCCACUUAUUUUUACAAUUCAAUUAAAAUAUAUGCUUUAUAUAUUGGCGUCAUUUUUCGAUAGAUACAGAACAGCUUUGUAAGCAAUAUAACAAAAAAGAGUCUAUGUUAAAUUUUUAGUCAGUGAAUACUGAGGGUGUGAACGAAAAGUGGCUAUUUUUAUGUAAUGAGCAAAUUAUUCUGCGUCAAAUCUUGACAUCAACACAUAACGCAUCGAUGGAUAUUCAUUGUGAAUACCAGAUAACAAAAAUGUGACCAUUAAUUGGUCCUCAUGUGCGAUCAACAUCAAACCAUGCAGAAUUUUUCUCGCUUGCUUAAAUUGAUGGCUUUUAUUGACAUCUUCAGCACCCAUAUGUAUUCUGUCGAUGGGAUUUUGUAGGAAAACUUACAUAGGAAGGAUAUUUGUGUUUUGCACUCCUCAUGGUGGGUCACGUUGAAUCACAAAAUCAAUUCCAUCAAUUACUAUCGCGGAAAAGAGUUGAUUGAAAAAAUCAAAAAAUUUCCAUUCUCCAUUCUCUUUUCUAACUUCUAUUCCAUCUGAUUCGUUCAAUUGUAAAAAAUACAGAAAUUUGUUAUUAGUACUUACAAAAUUUAACCACUUUCAUUUUAAAUUUGCCUUUCUAUAAGACAAAUUUCGUAGCUUAAAUAUCCCGCCAGACAAUUUGAAAGUACGUCGAUCCAGUGGCUUGUAUGAACUAUUCUCGUGUUCGACAAGUUAUUCGUCGCAACGAUUGCAGUACUCACUUGCUUUGUGUGGUCACAAUUUCAAAUGAUGAACCAAUGUACCAAGCCACAAUAGUUUUGAAUUCUUAUGUUAAAAGUCAGUAACACCUACCGCAAAGAUGUGUAAAUGCGACCAAUUGACGCCAGAUAUUUUGUUGUAUACUAAUUAACAAUUAGUUCAAUUUUCAAACAAAACAUCCUUGCCAAAAUGUAACAAAACAAAUAAGAAAAAAAAUAAGAAAAACGAUUUUACUUUAUUGGUUUUAUUCGAAA